ACUGAUUUUUUCCAGUGCUACUGUCUCACUAAUUGUAAAGGUUUUCGCGACUCCUGAGGUUGAAAGCUUAUUGCUUGACCCAGGGUUUUUAUUUGAUUUCCUUUUAUUUUCCUUUUUUCGUUUUAAUUUGCACGAUAGCCGCUUGUUUUGCGUUUAUUGGCAAAUUCUUGAAAUGCUAGCUUCCCAGUUUCUCAAUGUUAUAAUUGAAGAAAAAACGGAGAACAAAGUCCAAGGCAAUGAGGACAGGCCAAAAAAUGAUGAUGAUGAUGAUGAUGCAAAUAACAAUAUUCUGAGCAAUUUUUCUUUCAAAACCAACUUGCCGAGUGUACUUCUUUCUGAAUGUACCAUCGAACUAUGCAGUCAGGCUGAAAAGAAAAAAAUUCCAGAAUUACGUUUUGAAGCUAGUCUAAGUCCUUCAAAAAAGCCUAGAUUUAAUCAUCUGGAUGUAGAUAUUUUGCCUUAUACUGUCAAAGAAGCAAACUCGAAGGAAGAUAAUAAUAUUGAGGAGUUACUGCAAGGUGUUGAAGCUGUUUACUCUGAUGAUGAAGACAGCAAUGAAGAAGAUGAAGACAGUAAUUCUGGUUCCAGUGAAGGUUCUCGAUGUCCUUAUUGUGGCCGGGUGUUCUACAGGAAUUGUUCAUUGGCUUUGCAUUUAAAAUGGCACUGUUCCAAAGCACCGAAGCCACAUUUGGCCCAGCCUGAAGUAACACUGCAGCUCCAUCCUAAGAAUACUGCAGCAAACGAUGUAGCGGCUUCUGUGGCGCCGGCACAGAUACGAGCUUACAAAUGUGAAGUCUGCGGCAAGUCAUAUGCCCACAAGAGUGUCUUGAAGAAACAUUCUGUCGUACACACAGGGGAACGGCUGAAGUGCUCUCUCUGUAGCAUUGAAUUCACACAACGUUCCUCCCUGUUGAGACACUGCAAGCGUAUCCAUAAGAUGGGAACAGAGCAGACUGACGUCUAGAGAUAAUACAGAUUUAAUUUGAAUUGUUUUGUAUGUAAUUAACUAAACACCAAAGACAAACUUUAUAUACCAAAGAGGAAAAUAUUUUCGUAAAGCUAAACACAAUGUACAAGAGUAGUGCAAUAUUUUUUUUUAUUUGAAAAGACAUACUCCUUUGAAACUGAUAUAUUUGUAGAAAAAAUCACUAUUGACAUGUGAACAUUCCAAAAUUUUAAUAAUUGUUGACAUACUUGUGUUAUAAUAUUUGUUUAAUGUUAAUUAGGGUUUACUAGUGAAAGUGGUAUGAAUGUAUUUAGUUAAAUUAAAAUGUAAGAAAAGACAUAGUGUUUUAACUUGUGAUUGAAAAAAAUUUAUAUGUUAAAAAAUUUAAGAAGUUGGUGAAGAUCAUUAACAGCAUGGACUGUUGUUUUUUCUGAUAUUCAGGAUGCCUUAAAUUUACCAUGGAGAUAAAGACUGAUGGUAGAUCACUUUUCAGUUGUUCUGAGAUUUGAUAAAUAAUCUGAUGUUCUUACCAUCAUAUUUUGCUAGUAAACUUUAAUUUUAUAAAUAAUAUUUUUCUCUGUUAUAUGUUGAGCAUACAAGUUUGCAAUAUUGUCAAAUUAUAAUUUUCAAGCGAGAAUGGACAUAUUGACUUUCUUCUUUGUUUUUUCUUCUUUUUUUUUUUAAAGCAAGUAUUUGAAUCAAUAUGAUGUUCUUUUAGUUAGAAUUGGUUAUUUUUAGAAUAUUUAAAAGCACAAAUUUAUAACUACACAUUGCCUUGAAACAAUUCAUGCAUAAUAUUGGUUAUUCACAUUUGUGCCUUUUUCACCUAAAUUUUUUUCAAGUGCCUCUAAAGAAAUAAACGACCAAUAGUUUUUUAA